GGCCACUUUUUCAACUAAAUCAAAUUAUAAGUAAUAUUUUUUUAAGAGAUCAAAUCAAAUUAUUGCCACUGGUCAAGGUUCAUCAUCACUCAAAUUGAAGGGGUUUUUCAUAUUUUUUUUUCUUUUCUUUGUAUGAUACAGAUUUCAGGAACAGAUCAUAAAACAGAGGACUAAUAAUGGCUGAAUCUUGUCCAAUGAAUGGUGGCGACGGUACAUAUAGUUACGCUAAAAACUCUACUGGGCAGAGAGAAGCGGCGCGUGUUGUGGAGGAUGCACUAAGGGAUGCAGUGAUGGAGAAUCUUGAUUUAAGCAAAUUGCUGUGUGGUUCCACCACGUUCGCCGUCGCCGAUUUAGGAUGUUCGGUGGGGCCCAACACAUUCUACGCCAUGGAAACCAUCAUCAAAGCCGUGCAACAAAAGUCGUGCUCUACCAACCUCGAAUUCCAAGUGUUUUUCAAUGAUCGGAUCGGCAACGACUUCAACACCCUCUUCGCCUCUCUUCCUCAGGAAAGGAACUACUUCGCGGCGGCGGCGGCGGGCUCCUUCUACGGCAGAUUGUUCCCUUCUUCUUCCAUCCACAUCGCAUAUUCCUCUGUUGCGAUGCACUGGCUGUCCAAGUUGCCGGAGGGGGUGGCGGUGAAAGGCUCUCCGGCGUGGAAUGGCGGAAGAAUCCACUACACGGGCGCCUCCGACGCGGUGGUGAAUGUUGGUUAUCCUUGA